AUGAAAGAUAUAAAAGCUGCUAUAUCAGCAAAUAAUAUUAUGAUUUUAGCUUUCACAAAACUUAAUAAAAAACCCAAAAUAUCUCAAAUCGACUCUUUUGUCUUGAUCCAGAACUGCAAGAGUUUUAUUUAUCAUAUAUUAAAUUUUCAAAUAUCUCCUUUUAAUUUUUCCCAAAAAUGCCAUACUUUGAUUGUUAUCUCUUCCUUCUAUUUUGAAUUGACACUUGUGCAUUAUCUUUUGCUAUAA